ACGUCACUCGCAGAUCAGUGACGCAGAGAGAAAAGUUGCGUCACGGAUACAGAGGAAGGUUUCUGGGAAUCGCAAUGGGAGCAAGAGCAGACCACGCGACGGUGUCGUCACCUGGCGCUGGAUGAUUUUCGCGUGCCCGGAGUGUGCGCGUGCCUGGACUUUCUUAUUAAUUUUUUUUUGCCAUACUGCACGCGCAGGACACGCAAGUUGUGUGUGAAUAUGAUGCUACCUCUCGUGCUUGGUCAAAUUAUAGUUUUCUAGGCGCUUUGUUGUAUUUUCCCAGAAAAUGACAUUGUAUUUCGGAGUUUCGGUUUCUUUGUACCCGUUUUGUGCUCCGUGAACGUGCGGUAGCCGCAAUGUAGUAGCAGCCGAUGGUUACAUGUGCGUGUGGCCAUGGAGGAAGGAAAUGCAUGUGGAGAUCACGGUGUAGUGGUGAUGUAGUUCCUGUGGCUGCGUAAAUUGUGGUUUUGUUGUCGUGCUUGAUUAUGCUUUGUGCCAUGUAUGUACAAUACAUAUUCCACCAAGACCUUAACCGUGGAUUAACUUUCGUGAGAGAAGAGCUGCUUGCCUGAAAUUUCCCGAGUGCUGGCAGCAUGAGUGAUUCCGAUGCCACGAUCGACUCGGAUGAGUUGGAUUCCUUUCUUUCAACGAAGCGCAGACAAAAUAGCCGUGAGACUGACCACGACGUUCCGCGAAAACAAAUAAAGGUCAGCGAACGGCCAGUCAAGAUACACGAGAUAUCGGACUCCAGCAGCGAUACCGACUGCGAAGAUGCUCCAAGUAUGCCCACUGCCAUCUCGAAGGCAGUCUCUAAAAUGCCCGUGUCAGUUACUCAGCGCAAGCCCGGCACAUCCUCCGGUACGGAAAAACUCGCAGCUGACAGGAAAGAAACAGCGAAAGCUGUUAGAAGAACAGUCGGAGGAGACAGUAAAGUUGUACAAGAGACCAAGGCAGUAGAAGCGGCAGAGGCCGCUUCGGACGAUCGGCCGGUGUGUAAAUACGGGCCCGGCUGCUAUCGCAAGAACCCGGAGCACAUACGGGCGUAUCGCCACGACGUCGCUGAAAAGCAGAAGCCGUCAUGCUACAACGACGCGUUGCUGAGGCUCUACUACACGAGUGUCGCUGGAAUUCCAGCCCGCUACAAUGCGGCACAGAUCGCACGGUCCGUACGGGACCUGCUGUCGCCCGACAUGGGCCGCCUAGUGCGCUCUGCGCAGUUCAAUUACUGUUUCGAUAUUCCGUGGCUCGUUGAGCAGUACCCGGCCGAGUUCCGAAACCUUCCUCUGCUCGUGGUGCACGGCGAACAGCGAGAGGCGAAAAGGGAGCUGGAGGCGUCGGCGGCUGUCUUCCAGCACGUCUCGUUCGCGCAGGCCAAGCUGGAAAUUAUAUACGGCACCCACCACACCAAAAUGAUGCUGCUGCUUUACAAAGACGGGCUGCGAGUUAUUAUACACACUGCCAACAUGGUCCCGUCCGACUGGGCUCAGAAAACGCAGGCUGUCUGGGUUGGACCCCUUUGUCCUCGCCUUGCGCCGGGCUCCAAGGACGGCGACUCUGAAACUGGGUUUAGAGCCGACCUCCUGAGCUAUCUGUCGGCCUACGGUGACAUGCACAUAAACGAGUGGUGUCACUAUAUUCGCACGCACGAUUUCUCGGCAGUCAAGGUUUACCUUGUCGGUUCAGUGCCGGGAAGACACACGGGGCCAAGGAAGUCGUGCUUCGGUCACCUGAGACUCCGCAACCUGCUCAGUCAACAUGGACCUAGCAAGGACCUGGUGUCUAACCACUGGCCCCUCGUUGCCCAGUUCUCUAGCAUUGGUUCUCUAGGUGCUAGUGCAGAGAGUUGGCUGUUAGGUGAAUUCCUCUCUAGCCUUGCGACAACAAAGGGCUCUGUGGUGACUGCACGGUCAGUGCCUCUGAAGCUUGUGUUCCCAUCGGUGGACGAUGUUCGCUGCAGCCUUGAAGGCUACCCUGCCGGUGCCUCAAUUCCGUACAGCAUAGUCACGGCAGACAAGCAGCGAUGGCUGGACUCUUACUUUCACCGGUGGAAGAGCGACCGGUUAGGCCGCUCUGCAGCAUCCCCCCACAUCAAGACAUACACCCGGCUAUCACCCAGCAGUAAACAGAUUGCCUGGUUGCUGGUCACGAGUGCCAAUCUUUCGAAGGCUGCUUGGGGUGCCUUGGAGAAGAAUGGAAGCCAGUUGAUGAUACGUUCUUAUGAACUCGGAGUCCUACUUUUUCCAGCAAAUUUCGGGCAGACGACCACCUUUGUUGUGUCCGACGGGUCAAGUGGAAACAAUGCUUUGUUCUUGCCUCUUCCAUAUGAUGUGCCUUUGGUCCCAUACACUAAGGAGGAUGAACCUUGGACUUGGGACAGCCAGCAUAGAGAACUGCCUGAUAGGUUUGGGAACAUGUGGUGUCCACCUGUAAAUAGGCGGGGUCGAUAGGAUAGUUUAUGCUUCAAAAAUUGUGAUGUGCUGCAGAGUAUCUAAAAAUGUGUGGCAAAGAUGUUUACUGUGCUUCUAUUAUUUUAUGUCUCCACUAUUUGUGAUGACCUUGUGUGCUGCUUUCCUUCCUCUCUUGCCUGGUGUGCAACUAUGAUGUUGUGUUAAAUUAUACAGUGCCAAACUUUUGCUUACACCAGGAAAGUGCGAGUGAUACAGCAUUUCAAUUUAAAUGCAGAACCCACUAUGAUACGAUGUUGAUUUUGUUCAGUAUAUUGUUCAUUAUGCUUGUGAGUGGGAUAGGAACCUUAAGAAUUAUCAGCACAUGCACGUAACUUCUGGUGUAAUCACUUGCUUCAUGACCAAUAAUGUGGUAUGCCACUUGUCUUAGUGAUAACUUAGGUCAAAAAAGUAACUUUUCACCAUAAAGAACUCUAUUUCUUUCUUUAACGUACUUCAUGGUGAUUGUUUUGUAUGUUGAAUGCACAAGACACUAGAGUUAACUAUGACAGUAAUAAUCUGCUUUGCAAAGACUGAGUCAAGGUGCCCUGCCCUUUUGCAUUUUUUGGUAGUUGUGUCUGAAUAGAAAAAUUUUCAGAUUAAAUAUGAUUAUUUGACAAAAAUUACCUUUGUAAACAGUAUUGAAUACCAAGUAUACCAAAUAUUUUCAUAAUUCUAAACAAUGUGAAAUCUAGAGGUUGUGUGGAGCCCAUGUGAUAGAAAGGAGGAGGCUUAUAUAUAUAAUUUGGUACAUGUAAUGCCAUGUACACUUGAACAUAACUAUAACAAAGAAAACAUUCACACUAACUACAGUUCACAAAAAUUAUCAUACCAGAUUCCGGACCUGUUGAAUAGACACAAAACAGUUAUGACCAUUGUUACAGACAGCGUCUCAGUGCAAGCAUUUAAAAAGAGCAUAAGCAGUUACCUUCAUGGCACAAAAUUUUGAGAUGUUCUUUUUUUCUUCUUUUUUUUUUUGCUCUCGGUGUGAUAAGUGAUCAGUAAAUGUUGGUUUCAGUUGUGA